AUGACUGGGACAGAACUGAAGUUCAAAGGCUUCUACGCGUCAAUAUGCUCGGACAACAAGAGUUUACCCGUCUACCAAGUAACUGAGGUCGACGAACGGACCGUCAAAUGCUAUAUACCCAGUGAAGCGGGAAAGAAGUACGGUUUCCAUAUGCGCGCAGCGGAUCCAGAGUCAAUCCCUACAGACGGCUUCUUCGUCCGUCUUUAUACAGACGGUCUUCUUCGAGCCGGGACAGGAUACGCGAAAACGAAGUCUAUCUGGAGGCACGAUCUCGCCAUAUCCAAUAGCUCUAGACGGCCUCUUAUGUUUUCUACCGUAAGAACGACGGAUGUUGAUGGAGACCACAAUACGACGUUCAUCAAACCAGAGGACCUUGGGCUUAUUGAGCUACGUGUUUGGUACUCCAACAGGAAACCGAGGCCGUCGACAUCCAAACGGAUGUACGGGAUUACACACAUGGGCCAAGAUGGGAGUGCACCCCUCGUGCACGAAAGCAGUAAGAAAGCCGGCUUUCACGUUUCUACACUUGGCGAAGUCUUUCAAACCACGAUUAAACCGUCAUCGGCUCACCAUAUUAGAACUACGUCUGUGGACAAUCCGCACUGCGUUUUCAGGUUCUACCAUCAGCCACUCGAGAUGUUGCAAGCAGCUGGUAUAGCUCCCAAACCGGAAACGGCACCAGAGCCAGUUCAUCUGCCCGCGACGUCAUCGAAGAAGCGACCUGCGUCCCAGACUACAAACGCUGAAGCCGGGCCGAGCAAGCGGAGGAAGACGUCUGUACAGAUUGAGCCUCCGACGUCCGUCAACAUCACCGAUGAGAGACCCCUCGCGCCCACGCAAGUCGCUCACGGCUCAGACGAUGACGAGAUAGUGGUAGUCAGCGAGCAGCCCAAGUCAGCGGCACCUAAACGCUCGUCAAAAGGUCGUCGUCUACAAGCAGAGAGCGAACAUUCAAACAACGCCAGCGCAGAAGCCGGGUCCAGUUCUCGCAUCAAAGCACCCUCAUCGCACAAACUUGCGCAGAAAGUUAAGCCGAGCCCUCCUCUUCCUCCAUGGGCCAAGAGAGCCGUGCCGCCCUCACAGUCGCCUCCUGUUGCCGAUCGUGCUUCACAGCUCAAAGCUCAGAUCGCCGCACGAGAGAUCCGUAUCAGGCGCUUGGCCGAGGAGGAACAAUUGGCGGUUGAGAAGGCUGAGCUCGCUGCGCUCGAAGCUCAAGUGCAGAAAGAUGACAGGAAGGGGAAGGGGAAGGAGCGAGCAUGA